AUGGCUAAUCUUACUAAACUUGAGUUCGUUGCCCUUCAAAGUUCUGGCAAGAACUACCUUUCAUGGAUAUUGGAUGCUGAAAUCAAUUUGGAUGCUAUGGGUCUUGGAGACACCAUUAAAAUUAAAAAUAAAGCAUCAAAACAAGACUGUGCUAAAGCAAUGAUAUUCUUACGUCAUCAUAUUGACGAAAUUUUGAAAAUUGAAUCUCUCACAGUCAAAGAUCCACUCAUUCUGUGGAAUAAUCUAAAAGAAAGGUAUGACCAUUUGAAGAUGGUCAUUCAUCCAAAUGCACAAUAUGAUUGGAUGAAUUUAAGACUACAAGACUUUAAGUCUAUUCAUGAGUACAAUUCUGUCAUGUUCAAAAUUACUUCUCAAUUGAAACUAUGUGGAGAUACAGUUAAUGAUAUUGAUAUGCUGGAAAAAACGUUCUCCACAUUUCAUGCCUCGAAUGUGCUUUUACAGCAACAAUAUCGAGAAAAAGGUUUCAAGAAGUAUUCUGAACUGAUUUCUCAUCUUCUCGUGGCUGAACAAAAUGAUGAUUUGUUAAUGAAAAAUCACGAGAAUCGUCCCACUGGAUCUACACCACUUCCUGAAGUGAAUGAGGUGUACGUCCACCACGCUAGGCGUGGAAGAGGCCAUGGUCAUAAUUAUGACCAAGAGCUAAAUCCUUUUCCCGGUGUUAAUCAUUCACAAAAGAAAAAAUAG